CUCCUGGAGCUCAGAGCUGCUCAGACUUGAGGGAGGAAUGGCGGCCCCUCGCAGUGUCUUCGCCUCUCUCUGCGGCUUCUUUCUGCUUUUAUAUUUCUCUUGUGGAUCUACGACCUCGGGAAACCGGAGAGGGAACCAGGAGCGAUGCGGGUUCAAGGUGCAGUCUGGUGCAGAUGGAGGCCGCAGGUUGGCCGUCACCUUCAGAGCAGACAACUGCUCAUUAAACUACCCACUGGGAAAACAUGUCAUCCACGAAGUCGCCAACAUUUCCUUCAGUCAUCUGGCCUGUGAGGACCAGGCCGCCGUGGUCGUCCACUGGUCCGCAAGUCCACUAGGCAUCGAACACGUCAAAGGCUUCAGGGUUUAUCUGGAGGACAAGAAUCCAGAAGGGAAACAGUGUCAGCACCUCAUCCUCAAAGACCCGCGGCAGCUCAACUUCUCCUACAGGAGCACGAAGAUGAGCAGUCAGCCGUUCAGUGGUUUGACUUUCGACACCGACUACAUGGUCCGCGUCGUUCCUUUCCCGUCUCUGAUGAACGAGAGUUUCUUCCCUCCGUCCUUCCUCAAGACCAACUCGUGUGAAAUCCUCCUCGGCUCAGACAACCUGGUCUGUAAACCAUACUGGAAGCCAAAGACCCUGAACGUGUCUCAGCUCGGGUCAAACCUCCACGUGUCGUUCGAUCAGGCUCCAGCCUCCUUCGGCUUCCACUUCUACUACUUGUACUACAAACUGCGGCAGGACGGACCCUUCAAACUGCAGCGCUGCAAACCGGACGUGAACCAACCCAGAACAACCUGCAUCCUCCAGGACGUCACUCCAGGGACCUACGCUCUAGAGCUGCGAGAUGACACUAACACAACCCGGAGGCAAACUCAGUACCACGUCAGCCAGGUCCACUCCCCCUGGGCGGGGCCUAUCCGUGCCAUGGCCAUCACGGUGCCUCUGGUCAUCAUGUCGGCCUUUGCCACACUCUUCACUGUCAUGUGUCGCAAGAAACAGCAAGAAAACAUCUACAGUCAGCUGGACGAGGAGAGCAGCGAGUCGUCCAAUCACAGCGCGGCGUUGAACGCAGAGCGACCGUGGCCCCGCCCCAAAGUUUUCAUCUGUUACUCCAACAGAGACUGUCCGAAACACACCAGCGUCAUCCAGAGCUUCGCCUACUUCCUGCAGGACUUCUGUGGCUGCGAGGUGGUGUUGGACCUGUGGGAACACCUGGAGAUGUGCAAAGAGGGUCAGAUGUCGUGGCUCAGCAGGCAGCUGGACGAAGCAAAUUUCAUCAUCACUGUCUGCUCCAAAGGCCUACGCUACUAUGUGGAGAAGAAGAGCCGCAGAGGGAAGACGCCAGUCAGUCGUCGCGGUAACAGCGGCUACUCUCCAGCCGGCGGGUCAGGUGAUAUGUUCAUUGCGAGCGUGGCCAUGAUCGCAGAGAAGCUGCGUCUGGCGAAGCAGACGGAGAGGGGCGGGGCUCUGGAGCUGAGCCGCUACAUGAACGUUUACUUUGACUAUUCGGCGGAGAGCGACAUCCCCACCGUCCUGAGUCUGGCUCCCAGGUUCAAGCUGAUGGACCAGCUGCCUCAACUCUUCAGUCGCCUCCACUCCAGUCCGUCCAGUCUGGCCGAGAGAGAGCAGCAGCAGCCGCUCAACAUCUCCAGGAGGAACUACUUCAGGAGCAAGUCUGGGCGCUCGCUCUACGUGUCCAUCUGCAACAUGCACCAGCACAUCAGCCAGAACCCCGACUGGUUCGAGCAGCAGCUGGCUCCUGCAGGAGGCUCCUCUUCAUCCUCCUCGUCUUCUUCCAAACACGCUCCUCUCCCCCCUGGCCCGGCUCCAAGCCCUCCCCCAAAGCAGCUGUGCUCCCCCUCGUCCUCUCAGCUGGAGCAGAGGUUUGACUCUGGCCUGGUGCUGAACGAGGUGGUGGUGAGGACGCCUUCUCUGGAGGACGAGGACGGAGCGGCGCGGACUAACCAGCUGCUCCUGGCCCCUGGCUCUAGUCCCAGCCUCCACCGUGGCCCUAGUCCCAGUCCUGGUCUGGGUUCACGCCCAGAUCUUUGUCCCAGUCCAGUCCUGCCACAUUGCUCUUUGUCCAUGAUGGGACCAUCAUCAAGGUCCACGUCUGGAAUAUCAGGGCUUUUACCUGAGGAGUCUUCCUCCUCCUCCUCCUCCUCUUCCUCCUCCUCAGCCCCCUCCAUCCUCCAGGACGGUGUAUGUCAUGCCCCCGUCCAGACAGACGAUGGUCGUCUCUCCACUCCAGAUGUCCCACCUCCUCGCGAUUCAGGCAUCUACGAUUCAUCUGUUCCCUCCUCUGAGCUUUCCAUCCCCCUGAUGGAGGAUCUGUCACAUGACCAGGCAGACUGCUGCUCAUUGGCUGAGAGCGAGUCAUCCUCCUCUGGCCUCGGUGACGAGGAGCCUCCUGCUGUCACUUCGCUACACUGCAGCGCCGCCACCGUCUGUAAAGCCGAGCUUCACCACCACCUUCACCUGGAACACAGCGACGCUCUCUCACCUGUGGCAUCACUGUAGGGGACGGUGCCGGCCAAUCAGAUGAGGGCUGGCCCAAUGACAUCAUCACUAAAAUGUUGAAUAUACUGAUUAAUAUACUUAUUAAUUAGAAGGAGGAGCUUGUCAUCGUUGUGGAAACGUAACUAGAAAAAUUAACUGCCACUGUGGAGAACUGUUCUAGAACUGGUCCUUAGUAACUACGGUAACCACUGCGCUAAAGAACAGAUUCGGUUGCUGCUGGGUUCUAGAACUCCCCCUCCUCGUGACCAUGGUGGCGGCCCUGGUACCAUGGUAACCACUGGAUGGAAGAACACUGGCAGAGGACAGCAGGGUUCUAGAACCCUCGGUUGCCUUGGUAACUUGGGCAACGCUGCUUCCUGAGGUGACUUGUAACGUUUCAGUAACUAUGGUAACUAUUGCCAGUCCCCAGCAUUUAUGGUAAGCACUGUAUUCGACAACACUGCCUCCCUGGUAUCUAUGGCAACCACAGACUUUUUUUUGAAUACUGCUUCCGGAAACUAUGGUAACCACUGAGUCGUAGAUCGCUACUUCCUGGUGACUACGGUAACCACCAAAUUCAAGGACACUAUUUUCAGGUAACUAUGAAAACCACUGGGUUCUAGAAACACUACUUUCCAGAAACUAUGGUUACCACUUCCUAAAACACUACGUCCAGUUGUCACAGUCCUAGAGCUCUACUUCCCAGUGACUAUGGCAACCAUAGCAUCCACAACACUGGUGUGUGUUGACAGGUGCAGGUGCUUUGAGUGUUUUUGAAGGACGAGAUCUACAGAUGCUGGUAAAGCUGUUCAAACCAAAGACGGCGUUGACUCUGCGCUGUGAUUGGCUGGUAGACGGCUGACUUGUGUAUGAGCUGAUGUUUGGUGCCAAACUGUUUGUUAGGACACUUUUUUUUUGAUACAGAAAGUGCAAGAAGACACGGGUUUAGAUGUUUCCCUGCAACAACAUCCAAUGGGAUCGAAGCGUGGCUACAGUACAGGACAUAUUCUAACAUCAGUAUUCUAACACCAGCUAAACAUGAAACAACUUGGAGAAAACUGUUUUAAUGUAAAUGUGCCUUUUUUUAAUCAAGAGAAGCAUCUUUCAUUAUAAAGGGAAACCGUAUUAAAGCUUUUUAUUCUCCAUCUUUUAUCAAUGUAUCCAAUUAUUUUAAAUUCUUCCACCAUUGGAGACGUCGUGAGUUCGUCAGAGCAGCCGUGACGACUCCUGUCUAAUCAUUAACUGUUGGUACUAAAACCUGAUAAUGUGAUGUAAAACGGAGGAAGAGAGUUAUUUAUCUGAACUAAAACUUUCCUUAUAUUUUUAGUCAUAAAAUCCACACCAUAAUAUUCAAACUCAUCCUAGAAGAUAUUUGUCUGUAGCAUGGUUUCUGUUUUUGAGCUUGUAUAGUAUUAACUAUUAAUGUUACAUUUAUUAGUUGCAUACAUAUUUCUAUUCUUUUCUAAUGUUGUUGCAGGAGGCACAAAGACAAGGGCAUUACAGAAAAGUGACACUUUGCCCAUUUCUAUCAGAGAAAAUAAAAGCAUGUUUAAGCAAAACCACGAAACAGUAAUUCAAGUCGUAAUUCAGAGAAAUUUUCACUUAAUUGGAGAUUUGUUUUUGAACGAUCCCCAGCUUUUUAAAUCUUUUCCUGGCAGUAGUUGGUUUCUGAACUCUUUCCAUUCAUUCCUGGUUUAUUUUUCAUAAUAAUAAAAGGACUCUCAAUGAUUGCAGUCAUUUUUUUUUUUGUCUCUGGAUCAAGAACCAUGACUUUUAAGUUUUAUUAAAUUCAGUUUUCUGUCUCAAAUGUUGGAGUUGCUGCCGAAGGCCGAGCGUCGACCACCAGCUUUGUUGGAAGAGAAGGUUUAGUUUCCUACUCUGUAAAUAUUACCUUUAUUUUUCUCUGGAAGUGUCUGGUCUGUUUCAGUUUUGUAUAGCUAGUGUUUUUCUACAUAGUUUUAUUUUGGACAUGUACUGUUUUAUAGUACUUUAAUGUAGGAAAUAAAUCCAUCUCAUAAAA